AUGAUUGGCCAGGGUGCCAUUAAAAUGGUGUUCAAAGCUUUUUGGAAGAACUAUACUUUGGCACUAAAUAUUGCUGCUCGGAAAGAAUACUAUCCUGAUUUUCGGCAUGGUAAAUCUAUGAUUAUGGCCCUGCAACCUAAUCCUCAUUUCAUUCAACUGAUUGGAACAUGUGGUACCCGUUACCUCACUGAAUAUCAUCCCCUGACAUCAGCUGAUAACUUCUUAAGCUAUAUCACAUCAACUCAGUAUAAGCAGUUUGACUCUCUGGAAUUGCGUUACCAAUUGUGCCUGGACUAUGUUCAUAUUGUUGACCUUAUGCAUAACAGUCCCAUUGGCACAAGGGUUCUCUGUGAUUCCAAUGAUCUCAAAAAGUCGCUCAGCCAGUUCCUGUUGCGUUCAGACUUUCGGUUGAUCAUCAACGACAUGGAUGCCCUCCCAGAGGUUAACCACACAGCAAAUCAACUCAUCAAGUGCGGACAUAGAGAGAUUGGUGGGGACUUUGUGGCACCAGAACAGCUAUGGCCAUAUCCAUACAAAAACUUUACAGACGAUGAAAUGCCGCCAUAUGAUGAAAAGACAGAUAUCUGGAAAAUUCCAAAUAUUUGUAAUCAUUUCUUAGGCUCCAUGACGGAAGCGAUCCCUAUAAAAUUGCAUCUGUUGCAUGUUCAUUCCAAGUGCAAAGAGGAAGAUCCUAACUUACGGCCGACUGCCAGAGAGGUCGCAUCAGAUCUUUCUCAUUGCUACUUUGUAAUCUCAUUAGCUCAAUUCUUUCUUACCAUCAUGUCUCUUAUAUCAGUCAGACAUCCACUCUUGAAAUAUGGGACACUCUUAAAAUAUCUAUCUAUCUAUCUAUCUAUCUAUCUAUCUAUCUAUCUAUCUAUCUAUCUAUCUAAAUUUAUACAUGCCUACAGACCCAGGCCAAUAUAUUAUUCAAGUCGACCGAGCCCAGCAGCUGACGGGACCCAGCAUCAGCAGCAGCAUUUGUUCAAACAGUCCUUUUCAGGGCUAACUUCUGAAAGUCAUUCGAUCACUACUCUUCGAGGCUCCACUCACUUCACUCUCUGCUACUGCCUUCCCUCUGAGACGCCAGAUCACUCCUGCAGCUUCCAGCACUCCUGCAGCUUCCAGCUCACUCCUACAGCAUCCAGAUCACUCCUGCACCUUCCAGCCCUCCUGCAGCCUCCAGCUCACUCCAGCAGCUCCCAGCACACUCCUGCAGCUACCAGCUCACUCCAGCAGCUUCCCGCAGUUUCCAGCUCACCCCUGCAGCUUCCAGCAAUCUCCGGCUCACUCCUGCACGCUUCACUCCUGCACGCUUCACUGACGUCCAGCGACCAGUUCCAACUUCCGGAUACCGUUCCCGAACAAACGACCUCUGUCUCAGAUGAGUUCGGAGAUCAGAACGCGGAAGAGGCGGCUUGUUGGAAUUUGCUGGUCUGUUGGUUGCCCUGUGUCAAGAAGACCGAUCCGAGCCAAGAGAUCGAAAUAGAACCCGUACGAAUCCAGAUAACUUCGUCAACAAGGCUGCGAGAAGGCAGACUGCUAUAUCGUAGGGUGCAGACGAAGAUCCACGAAUUACUUCCCUUAGAUCAGCCGAAAUUGUUUAGGCAGAAAUUUUCCUACUCUCUCUCUCUCUCUCUCUCUCUCUCUCUCUCUGUGACUUUCCGACCCAAACGACGAAAUACCCAGCCAUUCCUCCCCUUCCCACCGGAUCGUUCUGGGGAGAUCGAUACACUGCUGUUCGGAUCAAGAAUUCACAACGUGGCGAAUAGUGGUGGUUCCUUCAGUUCACCGGAGGAAGAUCGGGUGGAUUUCUUUUUCGGCCAGAACCACCGGGGAGACAGGACAGAACUGCAACGGGCAGGGUUAUUACGUUAG